AUGGUUCACCAUGACUUUGUGUUCUUGACUAAGGAAUCAUGGAUGGAUAGUCGUCCUUACUCGGCUAUCGAUAUCUCGACCAAUCUGCAUAAUAGGGUCACCAAACCUUACGCGGUGAAAGCUUUACGAGAACUACACCAAAAAAAGGAAAUUGAGUGUCGAGUAGCUGGAAAGCAAGUGGUUUAUCAUGCAUUGCAAGAAGAGCUGAAUGAGGCUGGACCUGACGUUGUAGCCGCUAUGGAUGAAGAGAUUCAAAUCCUCCAGGAGCAGCUUCCCAGUCUCAAGGAGAACGACAAAAAGAUGCAAGGCGAAUUGAACGCCAUCAACACAUUACCCUUUCCCCCCGAGCUCCGCACCGAGAUCGCGAAACUCGAGAAAGAGAAGGGCUCAAUCGCUGCUCAUUUGGCUAAGAUGCAGGGUGAUGGAGCGGCCCAUGUGUCUCCUUUGGAUAAGGAAAAUGUGAGGAAGGACUGGAAACUUUGGCAAAACCGAGCAAGACUCCGGGUUCAGAUAUGUCGUGAUAUAUGGCGCAAAUGCUCUGAAACACUGCCCGAGAAUAUGACUCGGGAGGAGCUUUGGGAAGGCUUGGGUCUUGAAGGGACUCCGAUGUAA